AUGAAGGGUGGACCAGCUGCGAAUAUAAUUGAAGAAAAUACGGGCCAUGUUGACUAUGCAAUCAAAAAUUAUCAGCGAGAUGUUGGAGGAAAUAAUUUGCAUAACAAACAAAAUCAGGCGACUGUUGAUCAUGGGCUGUUGCUAACUCGGCUCACUAUUUCCCUCCAGAUGAAUAUAAGUAAAAACCGAAAGUCGAUAGGCGUUCGAUCCGAUUACAAUUACGUCUAUGGUAUAAUCAAAGAUGCUAUCAAAGAUAUAGAAUUUCGUAAGAAUGUGAAGAGAGUUUUAGAGGUUAUAGUAGGUUUAUUAAAGGAUAGAGUAGUAGGUAGUGAGGAACCCGCAACUUAG